AACAGGAACUGACGUGUCUAAGACUAGGUGAGCAAAUUUUCCGGCCUUAAGGAAAUGACCAGCUUAAAACAUCGGAAAGUUUGAAGGUGGGAGCUGUUAAUCACUAAUCAUUUUGGUAAACUAAAGACCUCGUCACCUCUCUUUGCUUUGGUUUCGGUCACAGGGGAACCUGGAGCCUAUCCCAGGAAACAUCGGGCACAGGGCGGGGUACACCCUGGACAGGGUGCCAGUCCAUCGCACGGCACAAUCACAUACACAAUCACACACCCAUUCAUACACUACGGGCACGUUAGACUGGACUUGGACUGGGGAGGAAACCCCCGCAGCACGGGGAGAACAUGCAAACUCCCCGUGGGCCCUGGCGGGAAUCGAACCCCGGACCCUGGAGGUCUGAUCUUCAGUAGGAAUUUUUUUUUUUUUUGGACUAUCCUUGUUCAUGGCAAGGCGAAGUUACCAUGGACCAGAUAUCCAGUGGCAAUGGGUAUGAGAUGGACAGUUCAGCCACUUUCAUAGUGGUUCGGCCAAAGGGACCAGUGGGGAAGGACGAGGCUUUGCGCAUGGAAGUAGAUGCAUUGGAUAAAAUGCAACAUGACCAGAGACACAAAAUCCAAGACCAUGCAUCCCAUAUGAAAGCGCAGCCUAAUGCACAAGCAUCUUUAACGUCCCUCAGCCAGCUGGAGAAAGACCUCAUUAUCUUCCCUGACUCAGACCCCAAGAAGGAGUCAGAGGAGGACACCUUUUCAGACAUCAAUUUGGAGGCAUUGACAAAUAAGGAGUUGGAGAAGCUGCUUUUGGAUGAUAACUUUGGCAGGCCCCCAUCUCUGUUGCGGCGCAACCUCAGUGCAUCAAACACAGGUGGACAAGCUUUCAGUUCGCAUCCUUUACACUGGACAUCCUUGCUUUCCACUUCAAAAUCCACUAUGCCCACUCUGACGCACCUGCAGGGCCCAGUCUUUCCUUUUCAGUCUGUCCACCUUCCUGCCCAACAGAGCACUUUCAUCCCUUUUUUGUCAGUCCAGCCAGUCAGUCCUCAGGUCUUUCAUCAGCCAGUCAUCAGCCCAGAAAUGGCUCAGCUCUUUGACAAGAUUGCCAGCACUUCAGAAUACUUGAGGAAUGGCAGGUCUUCCAUCAUGGCUGAAAACUCUGUUAGCAUCAAGUCCCUGGAGCCUGUACUCCACCCUACUGAUUCCUCCAGCAUUAGCCGCUUUGACUGGCUGGACCUAGACCCUCUCAGUAAGCAUCGAGUGGAGGUAGAAGAGAUUCCUGGUGCAAUAUCUGGACCAGUAAUAGUGGACUCUGUGCCUGCAAGUGACCCCUGGGAUGCAGUGUUGCAGGAGGAGACCGAGGUCAAGAUGAACAACAGUUAUUUAGCACAGGGAAAAGAUAACUACACUGUAACUCCUCAACCCAGAAGGGCAUCUACAGGAAUGGCAGUUACCAAGAACCACAUUCCUGCACCCUCCUUCCUGCACAGCCAGAGUAAACAAGUCACUAAUGAAAGUGGGAAUGCACUUGGAAAGAGUGCCAUUUUACAAGAAAAUUGGGGCCAGAAUUUUGAAGUCUUAGCAUUCUGUGAAGAUAUUGCGAAACUAAAAGCAAAGUUUCCAUUUGAUGAUCAUUCUACCAAUCCUGGAUAUGUUUUGAGUCCAGUGAUCUCUCACAGGGAGGUAGGGGGAGACAAUAGUAGCAGUGUGAAAGUUUCCAUUGAAAUUUUGGACUCCCAGCAGCCUGUGACCUUCACCUGCGAUGUGAGUUCACCAGUGGAGCUACUGAUAAUGCAGGCACUCUGCUGGGCCCAUGAUGACUUGAGCCAGGUGGACAUCAGCAGCUAUGUCCUGAAGGUCUGUGGCCAGGAACAGGUCCUACAAAAUAAACACAGUCUGGGCAGCCACGAGUAUGUACAGAACUGCAGGAAAUGGGAGGCUGAGAUAAAGCUGCACCUCCUUACUCGCAACACCAUGAAGAGAGACCUUGCCCGAACGAAAGAAGAUGGUGCCUCACCUAUUGACUUGGAGAAAUACCUACGUGAUAUUGAGAUGCCUUUUAAGAAAACAGUCACAAGAGAGAGCUUUGCUGAACAUUUAGAGGAAUAUCACAGCCAAGUCAACAUCUGCCUUCAGAAUGAGAGCACACAGUACAAAGCAGUGGAUCAAGUAAUCCAUGUGGUUAAAACUCUGUGUUAUUUGCUGGAUGAGGUGGAAACACCAGCCAUAACUGAUGCUGUGCGAAAACUGAGGCAUUCUGUCAACCUUCCUAAAACCUGCUCACCAGAGGUUAAUGCCAGAUCAGCAUUUUCAACUAACGGUUAUACAAGUGCGGUGGAGGAGCACCUAAGGGCCCUUACAAAUGCAGUAUACGAUUUGGUUAAGCUCUACCUGUGCUCAUUCUGCCUGACCUUCCCUGUACGUACGGACGAAGAGCAUCCAGAAAAGCAGAGAGACAGCCAAGUGGCGUCCAGCAUCACUGAGCAUGUACACUUCAAGCUUUUUGCCAUUCAUGGCAUUUCCACUGCAUGGUUUAACAGUUAUGAAAAAUACUUCAUGAUGUGUGCUCUGAUGCACAAUGAUGGGAAUCUUUUGAAGCCUGUCAAAUCCAAGAAGGUUGGGAUAUACAGGAGCUUCUUCUAUCACAUCAAAUGGGAUGAACUGAUAAACUUUCCCAUCUCUGUCACCUUGUUACCUCUGGAGACCGUUUUGAGCCUCUCUCUCUAUGGAGUUCUCAACCAGAAUUCUACUAACUCUCCUGAUUCCAACAAACAGCACAAGGGGCCAGAACUGUUAGGCAAAGUCAUCAUGCCUCUCUUUGACUUCAGGCGGGUGUUUGCUAGAGGGACUAAGCUGCUGAGUAUGUGGACAUCUCCUCCAUUGUCCUUGCCUGGACCUGUGGGAAAGAGUAAGAACCUGGAAGAAAGAAUCAUACUGCAGAUAGAUUUACCCAAUCCGCAAGUGGACGUGCUAUACGUAAGUCCUCUGGAGGCGACUUUACCUGACCUUCAGUCUCUAGAAAUGCCUGAACCAGACAUCCGGAGGAGGAUUGAAAAGCUGUGUACACUGGCAUCUUCUUCCAGACUGACACAGGGAGACAUGCAGCUGCUUUGGGACCAGCGUUACUAUUGCCAAAGACAUGAGCACAGUCUUCCCAAGAUCUUAGCCAGUGCACCCAGCUGGGAUUGGAUUAGCAUUGCAGAGAUCCACAAACUCCUACACCACUGGCCCCCACUCUCUCCUGUGUGUGCCCUAGAAUUGCUAGAUUCAAAAUUUGCCGAUACAGAAGUUCGGGCCAUGGCUGUGAGCUGGAUUGAGAUCUGCAGUGAUGAUGAGCUAACUGACUACUUGCCUCAGCUUGUACAGGCUCUAAAGUUUGAAAGACAUCUAAAGAACUCCUUGGUUAUGUUCCUGUUGUCUCGAGCACAAGGAAAUGUCAACGUUGCACACCAGCUUUACUGGCUGCUGAGGGAUGCAAUACAGGAGCCUGUGUUUGGCCAGCGCUAUAGCCAUGUGCUUGGAGCACUGCUUUGCAUGUGUGGUGCUGGACUAAGAGUUGAAUUUGAGAAGCAGACACGCCUUGUGCAAUUGCUGGGAACUCUGGCAGAAAAAGUGCGCCAAUCCAGCAGCUCAAGUCGACAGGUGGUGCUCCAGGAGGGCCUAGAAGAAGUGCAGUUAUUUUUCCAGAGGGAAAACUGCAGACUUCCACUUAGUCCCAGUCUAGUGGCCAAGGAACUUAAUAUAAAGGUCUGCUCCUUUUUCAGCUCCAAUGCUGUGCCACUAAAGCUUGCACUGGUCAAUGCAGAUCAGCUGGGAGAAGAAAUUAAUGUCAUGUUUAAGGUAGGAGAGGACUUGAGGCAAGAUAUGCUGGCACUACAGAUGAUUCGAAUCAUGGAUCGGAUCUGGCUACAGGAAGGGCUGGACCUGCGCAUUGUCAACUUCAAAUGCAUCUCAACCGGAAAAGACAAAGGCAUGGUGGAAUUGGUCCCAUCCUCAGAGACGCUAAGGAAGAUUCAAGUGGAGUAUGGUGUCACAGGCUCCUUUAAGGACAAGCCUCUGGCUGAGUGGCUACGGAAGUACAACCCUGCUGAGGAUGAGUACGAGAAGGCCUCAGAAAACUUCAUCUAUUCUUGUGCGGGCUGCUGUGUGGCUACCUAUCUGCUUGGCAUCUGUGACCGCCACAAUGACAAUAUAAUGCUUCGCACCACGGGACACAUGUUUCACAUUGACUUCGGCAAAUUUCUUGGCCAUGCACAGAUGAUCGGGAGUUUCAGAAGGGACCGAGCACCAUUUGUCCUGACCUCUGAUAUGGCCUAUGUCAUCAAUGGGGGUGAGAGACCCACAAGCCGCUUCCAGCUCUUUGUUGACCUGUGCUCUCAGGCAUACAAUCUGAUCCGCAAACACUCCAGCCUCUUCCUUAACUUGCUGUCACUGAUGACGCAAUCAGGCUUACCUGAGCUGGCUGGAGCCCAGGACCUGAAAUAUGUGUAUGAUGCUCUGCAGCCUCAGAGUACAGAUACAGAAGCCACCAUUUUCUUUACGAGGUUGAUUGAGUCCAGUCUCGGCAGUGUAGCCACAAAGUUUAAUUUUUUUAUCCACAACCUAGCCCAGCUACGUUUCUCUGGCCUGCCAUCUAAUGAUGAGCCCAUCCUGUCCUUCUCUCCACGCACAUACACACUAAAACAGGAUGGUUGUAUCAGAGAUGCUUCCAUCUUCUCUUUCCAGAAACGAUACAACCCUGAUAAGCACUAUACAUAUGUAGUACGCAUAUUAAGGGAGUGCCAGAGUGAACCUCAAUUUGUCUUCCGUACCUUUGAUGAGUUCCAAGAGCUGCACAACAAGCUCACCAUAAUAUUUCCUCUAUGGAAGAUUCCAGGGUUCCCCAACAAGCUCGUACUGGGACGCAAACACAUCAAGGAUGUGGCAUCCAAGAGAAAGGUGGAGUUGACUAUGUAUGUACAUAGCCUCAUGAGGAGUUCAGCAGAGGUAGCCCAGUGCGAUCUUAUCUACACAUUCUUCCAUCCACUUGCUAGAGAUGACAAGACAGAGGGAUUGGACGGACUCCUCAAAAUACCAGAGGAGACACCAUUGAGUCCUGCUACAGGCCGUGUCGGGGGAGAGGUGAAGCUAUCAGUGUCUUACCGAAAUGGAACACUGUUCGUUAUGGUUAUGCACAUCAAAGACCUUGUGUCCGAUGAUGGAGCAGACCCCAAUCCAUAUGUUAAAAUGUACCUGCUUCCAGACCCCCACAAAACCUCAAAGCGCAAAACAAAGGUCUCCAGGAAAACCAGGAACCCCACUUAUAAUGAAAUGCUGGUGUACAGCGGCUACAGUAAGGAGACGCUGAAGCAAAGGGAGCUGCAACUGAAUGUGCUAAGUGCUGAGUAUUUGCGUGAGAACUGCUACUUAGGCGGUAUCACCCUCAGCCUCAAAGACUUUGACCUGAGUCAAGAAACAGUCAAAUGGUACAGGCUUAUAGCAGUCCCCUUCUAAACUUAUAGGACCAGAUGUUCUCAUACAAAUCUUAAGAGAAGACAAUGAUAUUUAAUAGAAAAACUGCACCUAAAAUAUCAUUUUAAAAUUCAACUCCAUACAGAGUUUCCAUGUUGUAGCCUAAAACCCUUUCUCAAGACACCUAUAAUUCAUUUGAAUUUGACUUUAAAAACUGAUAUUUUUUGUAAAUGUUGUCAUUAGAGGACCAAAAUGAUUAGAGUUUAUAUGUAUAUGGACAUGUAUUUUUUUAAGGGAUCAUUGUUGCACCCUACUUUACUAUAAAGAAAAGAAGAAAAAAACAGGAAGCAUUGAUAGCCUUUUUAAUGGGUUGAAAAUUUAUUUUGAGUUUCUGGACAGGCACAGGAAAAUCGUAAAUGUUAUUGAUCAUGUGCCAAAUGAACUGAAACGUCUUCCCAAAAUAUGGAAGUGGUUGUGGUUUUCUCCCAAAGGAAUAGCUUUUUCCUGUAUUCCAUUAUACAUUGAGGUAUUCUUUAUUGAUAUUGCUAUUCUAUUAAAUAAAAUACAUCAAUGUAAUGAUUAUUCCAUCUAUAGUACACAUUAUAGAAUGCUGAACUUUCAAGUACAUUAUUCUCUGUUAUUUAUUGUUAAUUGGCUGUCUUUAUUCUAAACAAAAUAGUGUGUACUGUAAUUUUUUCCCCCACAUAGCAAAUUAAAUGAAUUUAAAGAA